GGAAUGGCAAGGCAGACGACCACACUAUCGCCUCCCAAGGCAUCCACGCUCUGCGACAGUUGCAAGCGCCAUCUGGUAUACGAGCCGAGAUAGACAAAUCGGGAACCCACGGUGAGAGGACCUCGGCAGGCCAGCCCGGUCAAGUCGAACACACAGUCAUCGAGCUCUCAAAGCUUGACAGUCAUCGAUCUCCUGUCUGGAGGGUCGGUUUUGAUGACGAUGGCCAGAUCUUGGGCAGUGUUGGGGACGAAGGGAAGCUCAUGUGCUACCGCCAGACUCCCAGCGCAGCGUCCCAAACGGUGGCUCAUAUUGACCUGUAUAAGUACAACCAAUGUGGACUGCCCUGGUUCCGUUCGCGGGAUUGCAGGUCGUAG